AUGAACACCGUCCUGACCCGCGCCAACUCUCUCUUCGCCUUCUCGCUGAGCGUGAUGGCGGCGCUGACCUUCGGCUGCUUCAUCACCACCGCCUUCAAAGAGCGCACGGUGCCCGUCAGCAUCGCCGUCUCGCGGGUCAUGCUGUGAGUGAGGGGCGAGGGGAGGGUUGGGGGUCCUCUCUUCUUCCUCCUCCUCCUCCUCCUCCUCCUCUUGCUCCUGGGUGCUGAGCCUCAUCCGCCCCUCUUCGAAGUCUUUCGAGUAGUGGGCGGAAAAGGUUCCCCUUCUCACCCCUUUCUCAGCAAGGAUGUGGGGUGAGGAGAUUGGGGUGAAGAAGGCGAAGCCUGACUUGCUUCGAAGUAUUCUCCCUUCACCCCUCCCCAAAAAAAUCCAUGCCCCCCCCCCUUGUGGAGCAUCCCUCAUGUGCAAAACGUUUUGCAACGAGCCAUCUCCCUUCGCUCCAUUAAUAUUAACCUGUGGUCCUCGAAGUGAUUUGGGGCGGGGGCAUAACUUAUCAGGAUGUCUUUGUGUGCGCCCAUGGCAGUGGCUGAUGUGUAUUACACUUACCCCACCUCCCUGCAAUUAUUAUUAUUUCCCCCCACACACAUCAGUCCCAUCCCUGCUGCAAAUAAGUCGCACAAUGGAAUGUUCGCGUUAAAUGGGGUUGUCACUGAGGACGGAUAAAAGCGUUGUGUAUUAUUGAUCCUGCAAUAAUCACCCGUUGUUCUCUGUGUUAUCACCUAAGUUUGGAUUCCCUUUUCUCUUUGUCGAUUAUGGGUCUCAGAACAGUAGACCUUUCCUUCCUGUUCUCUCAUUUCCCCUUUGUGCGAGCCAAUGAGCGAGCACCACGAACUCUCUGGUGCUGUAGUGUCCGCCCUCUGGCAGGCUCCCUCCAGGGUGUACAUAGAAAGGCAACUCGGCUAUUGGGUUUAGCACACGUCAGUGGCUGUUGCCCUGGCAGCAUAUUGCCAAGCAUAGGUCUGUUUCCAUGCAGUUGGGGGUGGGGGGGCAGUGUUGUUUUACAGCAAAUUCCCGUGCUGUUCUGACAAACACAAGUCCUGCUCUCAGCAUUGCUGAUUGGUGUUGCUCUGAAUGGUUUCAUAGACUGCCGUGCAUCGUUUGUGGUGCUUGCAUACUGAUUUUACGUUCCUUGGUGCAUUUGGAGCUAAGUAGGAACAUCUCAGCUGAAUGUGUUAAAUUGUGGGCUUCAAACAUCAUACUCUAUGCUAUUAAAAUGUGCUAAAUGUGACUGCUCUUCAUGAAUAAAAGCAUGGCAGUGCAUGGAGAAUUAAAUUUGUUCUGGUGUUCUCUCGCAUUGUGCCUCUUGGCAAGAACAUUAACAUUAGUUGCCAAUGUCAUCAUCGCACAAUGGCUAUGAUAACUAUAACUCAUAAGGUAAAGGAAAUUAAAUUAUGUAGCCUAUACAUUAUUGAAAUCACAGGUGACAUUCACUUGGCUCACGUUUGCCUAUGUUUCUUGCCCAGCUUCUAAGUUCCCUUCUGCUGCCCUGCAUAAUGUUGCACGCCACCCCAAUGUCUGAGUGGUGUGAGCAUUCCAGGCUCUUACCUAGGGUUUGGUUUCCUCAUUCCUAGGGACAGUAGAGACUGACUGAUGUCUUUAGGAUGUAUGGUUUAUCUACACACACACACACACACACACACACACACACACACACACCCUAUGAUGGAGGGACUCACAGCAUUAACAUCCCAGAAGGUCUUGCUUCUCCCAUAUUCACAGCCUUGGAUUCCAGCAGAAAUCAGGCAUGACUCUCACUCUCUGACUUCUGCUUGCUUCUAGCACAGCUCUCACUCUCUCACUAUAGCUUUUGUCUUCUCACUACCAGCCAGGUGAGGGAGGGGGUCCUCCCAUUUGCCCUCUGGCACAAAGUAACUUCCUUAUAACAAAUAAGCUGGCAUUGCUACUUCAACAGUGGAAUCCUCCAAACAUAACCCUGUAAACAUUUGUGUAGCCAUAAUACUUUAUUUAUGACUUAUAGAACAUUUGCAUUCUCUAAGGGAAUAUUUGUUUAAAACUUUUAAUUUUUCCAAAUUUUGUAGAAUGUUUAGAUAUGCAUGUUUAAAAUAUCCAAGUUAAGUUAUUGGCUUGGAUUCUAAGAUAAGUCAACUUCAGGAAGUAUAUUUAAACUGUAAUUAUUAUUGUUCAUUCUACGUUCUGUUACAAGGGACCAGCCUCAGCACUACCUAUGUUUCCCAUUUUUCCCCACUGAAUAAGAGUAUCCUUUCUCUGAAGAAACUAAUAUUAUCUUGUGCCACCUGCAAAGAAGUUUGAAUAAUGUGGUUUUUUGUGUGUUUUUAGGAAAAAUGUAGAAGACUUCACUGGACCUGGAGAAAGAAGUGACCUUGGAAUCAUUACUUUUGACAUUACUGCAGAUAUCCUUCAUAAAAAUUUGUAG